CAAAUAUCUGAGGGCCUUCUUGAUUUUGCCCUUCAAGCUCCUGUUGGUCCAGCAGGUAUGCCUCCUCCUCAAGCGAUCAGGAAUCAGGACAAGCAGGAAACCUGAUCUGCAAACUAGCACAGUCCCCUCCCUGCUACUCUUCCUUCUCAUACCAGCAGAGCAAAACAGCAAAACACAACCAGCAGCGUGCGUUUGUGAGUAAGUUUGUGAUCAAGAUGAUCUUCUGCUCAAACGAAGGUGGAUUUUGUUGGUUUCUUUGACAUUUAAAAGAACUUUCGAAUACGUGCACUGGAUUUGUGUUUUUGGAAACAUGCGGAACCAGCUCGUUGGUAUGUGUUUGGCAAUCAUCGGCUUUCUUGGCACCAUCCUUAUCUGUGGGCUGCCCAUGUGGAAGAUGACGGCCUUUGUUGGGGCAAACAUCAUCACCUCUCAGGUCUUCUGGGAAGGUUUAUGGAUGAACUGUGUGAUCCAGAGCACGGGCCACUCGCAGUGUAAAGCCUAUGACUCCAUUCUGGCUUUACCGCAGAACCUGCAGGCCUCCAGAGCUCUGAUCUGUGCUUCCAUCGCUGCCAGCGUGGUGGCCAUCGGGCUCACUGUGGUCGGGGUCCGCUGCACCAACUUCUUUCGUGAUGACUUGCUGACCAAAGCCAACACUGGCCUCGCCGGAGGUGUGGUGUUCAUAAUAGCAGGGCUCCUGUGUUUAAUUCCUGUCAGCUGGUCAGCUUACAGCAUCAUCACAGGUUUCUACAACCCACUGCCCACCAGUGAGAGGAGGGGAGAGCUGGGAGCCUCCAUAUAUGUGGGCUGGGCGUCUGGAGCUCUGCUCGUCAUUGGAGGAGGGGUGCUGUGUAGCACCUACAGGUGCUGAGGCAGAGAAGAAGAGAGAACGGAGAACACCAUGACAUCCAUUAAAUACAUACUUCAGUUGAAAAUGUACAGUCCUGUGUUCAGUGAUGUUCAUUUGAUUAAAGCUCCUUUUUUUAACCUUUAAUUGCACUGCACUGACAUUUCACAACAAAUCAGAUUCAAAUCUGUGUAAAAUAUUAAAAUGUAGCAUGUUAAAAGUUUGAAAUAACUAGAAUAACAGCCAGUGUUGUUUGUUUUUGAAAGUGAAGAAUGAAAAACAUGAAGUCUGGUCAAGCUAAUAGUUGUAUAAUGUGAUGCUGCAGGAUGUUAACUGCUAAGGGUGUUUUAGUAUGUAUAGGACAAAUUUUGAUGUUUCACGAAUAAUCACUUUAAUCACAAAGAUUUAUAAAAGACAUUUAUCGUGUUUGAUAAUCUUAUAUUUACAGUAUUUCUUAAAAAAAGAAAACAAUUGCUGGUGUGAAGAACUUUCAGAAUUAAGCAAAUCAGAAAAAACUGAGAAAAAGUUAUUACUCUUAAAACAAGAGUUGUGAAAGAAGUGAAAUUGUACUGGGAACAUCUGUAAGGACUCACUUCACUGUGUUUUUCUAUGAUUAACUGAACUACAUGUUUGCUAAGGUGUCCAGUUGUUGAGUGUGUUUUGCCAUGA